UCUGCAUGAAUACGGAGCAGGAGGAGGAGAGGACAGACAGGAGCUCUGGGAGGACUGGGACUGGGAGGACACAGUGGACUGGACGGACCGGACCGGACCCGGGCAGGCGGACAUGGAUGGACAGAACGGCAAGAGCAUCAAGAAGAAGAAGGAGGAGGAGAAGGACAAGAAGAAGAUCCCUGACAGGGUGACUCUGAAGAAGGAGAUUGGGCUGCUGAGCGCCUGCACCAUCAUCAUAGGGAACAUCAUAGGCUCCGGGAUCUUCAUCUCUCCGAAGGGGGUCCUGGAGCACUCGGGCUCGGUGGGUUUGGCGUUGGUGGUUUGGGUACUUGGAGGCUGCAUCGCUGCCUUGGGCUCCCUCUGCUACGCUGAACUGGGCGUCACCAUCCCCAAAUCUGGAGGAGACUACUCCUACGUCACCGAGAUAUUCGGAGGUCUGAUGGGGUUUCUCCUAUUGUGGAGCGCCGUCCUCAUCAUGUACCCGACCACGCUAGCCGUCAUCGCCCUCACAUUCUCCAGCUACGUCCUGCAGCCCGUCUUCCCAAACUGUGUUCCUCCUUACAUGGCGACACGGAUGCUGUCCGCCACCUGUCUCCUGCUGCUGACCUGGGUGAACUGCUCCAGCGUUCGUAUGGCCACCAGGAUCCAGGACGUCUUCACGGUGGGGAAGCUGAUGGCUCUGGGCCUCAUCAUUGUGGUCGGCCUGGUCCAGAUCUGCAAUGGGAACUACGAGGCGCUGACUCCUCAGGUGGCCUUCGCCCUGGACAGGACGCCGUCGGUGGGUCAGAUCGCUCUGGCCUUCCUGCAGGCGUCCUUCGCCUUCAGCGGCUGGAACUUCCUCAACUACGUCACGGAGGAAGUGAUUGAACCCAGACGGAAUCUACCUCGUGCCAUCUACAUCUCCAUACCAUUGGUGACCUUUGUGUACACGCUCACCAACAUCGCCUACUUCUCCUCCAUGUCGCCUGAGGAGCUGCUGUCAUCCAAUGCCGUGGCUGUAACAUUCGGAGAGAAGUUGCUGGGAAUGUUCUCCGUCAUCAUGCCGAUCUCCGUGGCUCUGUCCACCUUCGGAGGAAUCAACGGCUACCUGUUCACCUCCUCCAGGUUGUGUUUCUCUGGAGCCAGAGAAGGUCACCUGCCCAGCCUGCUGGCCAUGAUUCAUUAUAAGAACUGCACACCAAUCCCUGCCCUGCUGGUCUGCUGCGCUGCCACGAUUGUUAUACUCUGCAUCGGAGAGACACACAACCUGAUCAACUACGUCUCCUUCAUCAACUAUCUGUCGUAUGGCGUCACCAUCGCAGGCCUGCUGUACCACCGCUGGAAGAAACCCAACCUGUACCGACCCAUCAAGGUGAACCUGUUGGUUCCGGUGUGCUACCUGAUGUUCUGGGCGCUGCUGCUGGGUUUCAGCCUUUACUCAGAGCCGGUGGUUUGCGGCGUCGGUUUAGUCAUCAUGCUCACCGGCGUACCCGUCUACUUCCUGGGUGUCCAUUGGAAAGAAAAACCAAAGUGCAUCUAUAAUUUCAUUGAGAGGGCGACGUACGUGGGCCAGAGGUUGUGUUUUGUGGUCUUUCCUCAGAUCGACCCCAUCGAGAUCGACAAUCCUUCAGAAUGGACUGACCGGUCAUCAGGCAGGAGCAAUUUGUCUGCCAAUUCUUAAAACUUUUUCUCUGAAUAUAUGAAGAUCUUUUUGUUUUUAUUCCGUCACUGUGUAUGUCCAGACACUUCUUCCUGGUUUGGGAGCUUCCUGUCUGACCUUUGACCCUCUGAGACUCUGGUUUCCCAACAGUCGAGUGGAAACGCCUGUUCUUCUGCGCGGGCUGCUUGCACUUUUUAUUUUCUCCUCUUUUCUACUAAGUCGUCAAGUUUCAACAACCUAAUGCCAACAGUGUCACGCUGUUGAAAAGGACUUUUAUUCCCAUUUUGGACCCAUUUGUUCCUUUUUUUUUCUGUAACAUGACAGAACUCUGACUGAGUGGCGGCUCUUUCUUCUGAAUGUUGCUGCUGUUUUAUCGUGCCUUAAGGCCUUUUCACACCAAGUCCCAAACAAAUCCAUAGUCUGAAAACAGUAAGACAACAGUUAUUUCAGAGAAGAUCUGCAGUUGAGUGAAACCUCAAACUACUUCAGCUACCUUCAUGUAUUUUUAUUCUUCUUUCCUGCUGCAUGACUGCUUGUAGAAUCCCGUUUUUCCCCCUAAUAUACACAUUUCUGAGGUUUCACCACUGGAAAAAGAUGUUGAGACAGCAUUUCAGGCGUAUGUAUCAGUAGAGAUCGAUAAUGUACAUGAUAAUACCGUCCUUAUGAGAGCCAAAGUGAAAACCAGGACUUUGAGUUCUGUAACAGAUGUAAUUGCGCAUUCACACCAAGAGCGAAGCAAACUUUUUGCAAAUUCACGCCGGGCAACGCGAAUGGUGCGAAUGACGCGAAUGACGCGAAUGACACGUAUUCGCGGGAGUUAAACUCGAGCGAGAAAUUCGCAGGACGCUGUGUCAUGACAGCCUCUCAGCGCUGAGAUUGUCCUCCUGUCCUCACUGUCGUCCUGACGUUGUUGAAUCAGAAAAGGAGUAAAUAAAUCUUGUAUGUGUCUGUGGUCACCCAGAGCUACGAUAGUACAUCAUAUCUGUACAGAG